AUGAUAUUAUCAGUUGAAUAUACUUUACCAAAAACCUUAUGUAAAGUAAACUUUUAUGCAGAAAAGUUUAAAAGAUUAUUAAAGAAGGUUAAUUCUACUAAUGUUUUACUAGACAAGUAUAUUGUGAGACUUUUUCUAAAUAGAUUAAAAAAGAAUAUAAUUCUUCUUAUAGCAUUUUCUCAACCUAAAAAUGUAGAUGAAGUUAUUGAAGUUGCUAGAUUAUCCUUAAACUAUGCAAUCCUCUCAAAUGUAUUAUCUGCAUAA